CGGGAAAAUUAUCCCCCACCGCCGAACUGACCGAGAAUGAACAAGAAAAAUUUGCCGAGUUAAAAGAGCAAAUUGAGAUGAUAUUAACUCAGGAAAAUGGAGUUAUUAAAUUUUAUCAUCAUGGAGAAACUUACGGCCGAGAAAAUGAUAAAGAUUAUUACGAAUUUACUAAUUUUGCCAGCUAUCCCUUUUAUUUUACUUCCCAAGCUUCUGACCAACGAACACCUUUUCCAAGCCGCCAAGUUUUCCGACAAUCCAGCACUAGUAGAAAGAUUUCGUGGUUUAGCCACGCCCCCGGCAGUUGGGAAAAUGACGGAAGUAAUGCCAAAAAAAUAGCGGUCAUGAAACUGGCUACUGAGCAGAAAUUUCGAGCUCAUGAUGAACUAAAAGCCAUUUUAUUAGCCACUAAUUACCAAAUAUUAAUUGAAAAUACGGCUAGCGAUGCCCGAGCUAAAAAAGAUAGCUGUUGA